GUGACUUUUACUUGCCUGGUCUUUUCCUGGCCAUAAAAUAUGCGCUGAAGAUUGUGAAGGAACAGACCUAUGUCAGUGCAGAGUAGUAGAAUAAAAGACCAAAAUCCUUUGUGGGGCCAUCUGGGAGACUGGGUUUCUUCUGCUACUCAAGUCCUCUCCUGACCACGUUCCUGCUUUGGAGGCUGACUACUGGGGGCACAACAGGCCUCAGAGCGUUCUUCAGGGGCCUCGCCUUUUCCACUGCUGGAAGGAAAGCACACGUUGCUUGAAGGAGCGAAUUUUGCUUGAUUUGAUGUUAAUACAGCUGUCUUUUCUGUGGUCGUCGUUGACAGAGAAAACCCUGAGCCGGAGAUGCUGAGUCAGAUGACCCUGAUGCACCCUCCUAACUCACCUGCUCUUCUGCCUCUGCAGGUUCCUCCACUGCUCACUGAUGUGACAGCAUUCCCUCUGUCCCCUCACACUCCGUUAUCUGCAUCCUUAACCGCUGUCUUGCCACAGUGUAAGGACUGGAGUAUGUUAUCCAAGGUAGAGGCCAUGAGCAUUGAGAAAGCCAUAGCAGGUGGGAACUUGCCGGAGCUGGUCUCUGCCAUCAGGGAGACUGUGAAGAUGGUGUCCAGGACACCAGUCAAUGUUGCUGUGACAGGGGACUCCGGCAAUGGCAUGUCCAGCUUCAUCAAUGCGCUUCGGAACAUAGGACAUGAGGAGGAGGCCUCAGCUCCUGUCGGGGUGCUAAAAACUACCCAAACACAUGCCUGCUAUCUAUCUCCCCACUUCCCCAAUGUGGUGCUGUGGGACCUGCCUGGCACAGUGUCCGCCGCCCAAAGCCUGGAGAACUAUGCGACGGAAAUGCAGUUCAGCCGAUAUGACUUCUUCAUCAUCAUCGCGUCUGAACAGUUCAGCAUGAAUCACGUGAUGCUUGCCAAAACAGUGGAGGACAUGGGAAAACAGUUCUACAUUGUCUGGACCAAGCUGGACAUGGAUCUCAACACAAGUGCCCUCCCAAAAGGGCAGCUGCGGCAGAUUAUC